AUGACUAGACAUGAUGAUAAGUUCAUCGAUUUCCAUUUACCCAGCUCUUCUAACACUAUCCUAAAUGAUCUUGCUCAUCCCGGAGUACCUAUGGGAGGGCCCACCGGCCAGGAGCGUGAGCGAAUGGUUCAAAUCUUUAUAAGAUAUUUGGUUUUGGCUUUGGAGCAUAUGCACGAUCUACGAAUUGCUCACCUGGAUUUACGUCCAGAAACUAUUCUGCUGCAGGAUGAUCGUUUGAAGUUGGCUGAUUUCGGUCAAUCCAGACGCUUAUUACGUGGAUUGAUUACUGGUCAAAUACAAGGAACUCCAGAAUUUGUGUCACCGGAAAUAGUUCGAGGAUAUCCACUAACAUUGGCAACAGAUUUAUGGAGUGUAGGAACUAUUACUUACGUUCUAUUAACGGGUCAAUCACCAUUCCAUGGAGAUAAUGAUGAAGAAACAUUAGCUAAUGUAGACAAAGUCAGAUACUCUCUUGAUGGACCAGAAUGGAGUUCAUUCUCUUCAGAAGCUCGCGAUUUCAUUUCGAAGCUUUUAUGCGAAAUUCCAGCUGAUCGUUUAACUUGUAAAGAAGCGUUACAACAUGAGUGGUUGUCAUCUAAAGAUGUUUUGACUGCUCCACUUCCAGCAGAUGGUUUACGUGAAUUCAAUUACACACACAAGUGGCUUGAGAGAAGAGUUUUUGUUCAACAAACACCUUCUGAACAACUGCUUGAUGCCAUUUUAGCACCUUCGAUUGCUUUGGCUCAACAAGCUGACUCAAAGAAGCCUCCUCGUGAAACCGAUCGACCAGUUGAACUCUAUGAUUAUUUACGAAUUAAGCCACGACCUCCUCCAGAGAUAGUAGAUAUUCCAAAGCGUCGAAUUGAAAGAACACCAUAUCUCGACCAAUACGGAAAUCCAAUUGAUGAACAUUAUUUGAAUCAACCUCCUCCAUACGCAUUCAACGAUCCCAACUACAUUGAGCCAUUCAAUCCUCAAGCUCCAUCUCAUCCUUCUGAUUCACGAAGGAAUACAGCUGGAGUUCCUCAACCACCUAAUAUUCCCAUUGGCCAUCCUCAACAACGCGAACAACGUCGAAUUCCAUUAGAUCAAUACGGAAGAUUGAUCAGAGCCGAAGAUCUUGCUCGAAUUCCUCACGAUCAAUACGGCAGACCAAUCGAUAUUGACGAGAAGCAAUUUUUGAGUCCAGAAAAACUUCCUCGUUUGGACGAAUCAAAACUACGUCAGAUUCUCCCACCUGGACAUCCCGGCAAAUCUGGAUUCAAAGGUCCUCAUCAAGAUUAUCCAGACGAUUCUCAAAUGACGGAAAAACGCAAACUUGAACCUCAAACAAAGGGUGAAACUCCUUCAAAAUCUCGUCGCGAUCAGCCCAAACAACAGAGAGAUUCAGAUGACAGCGAAGAUGAUAAUGUUCAGGUUCCUGUUCGAAUGGUUCGCGGAGAACGUCGCGAUAUUGAAGAAGAAAUUGCUAACAGAAUUCUCUCUGAUAUAUCUGAAGAAGGUUCUGUUGCUGGAAGCUUAGGUUCAUUAGAUGACUUUGAGCAAGUCAAUACCAUUCGUCAGAAGUAUACGAAGAAGUCACGCUCUCGUUCAUCUACUCCAAAGGCUGAAUCAGAUGCUUCAACGCCAACAUUGUCACCUGUUAAUACAAUUAAAGAAUCAAACUUCUUCCCAGACACCACCCUAGAUGAGCUGCCACUUCAUGAGAAAGAACUUUUGGAACAAGCUGAUAAUGAUCCGAAUAUACCAAUUGGAGCUCCAUUGUUCUUGGAAGGACUUCACAACAACACCUUGAUCAUUGAUACAGCUCCAACACCUUCUCCAAACUUGUUGACUCCCAAGAGUCCACGCAGAUCAGUACCAGGAACUAAGAGCCCCGUUCUGCUCUCACCUGGAAAAGAACACUCUAUGGAAGUACUGAUUGCAACUAAACGAGGAAAACCAUCCUUCUUACCACCUGGUGAGCAAGCAGCGGAAAUUGAUGAUGAAGAUGCUCAUAUGGAUGAUAGAAAGAAAAAGAUUAAGCCUACAGAUCACAAGGACGACUUUGAAGACUUGAAGGAUGAUCUCACACAUCGUAAGAAGGUUGAUGAUUUGGACAAGUAUCGUCCAAGCAACUUCUAUAAAGAUGAUGUUGAUUUUAACCAUCCCGGUUAUGAUAUUGAUGAUUCUCCUUGGGACUCACACUAUCAAAUUGGGCCUGAUACAUACUUGAUGGCCUCCCGUGGACCUUCCUUCAACAGUCGAGUUCGUGAUUACCGACGAAACCUUUGGGGAGAUGGAGCUCCUCUUGUUCGUCAAGGAAUUCUCGGAGUUCGCAAUGGUGAAGUUACUGUCAAGGAGCGAAGAAGAUUCACUGAUAUUUUACGUGAACAUUCUCAUAACCUCGAACCAAAAUCAAAUGAGAGAGCAACUUCUCUCCAAAAAGCUCCUUCUGCAACCAACGCCAUUGACCGUAUUAGAACAGAUAUUCAGAAAGUGGCCCCGUCUGCUACUAGACGAAAUGCUGAUGGAACUUAUGCUCCUAUAUUCAUCACUCGUAUGCGCGAUGCUUAUUUGGGAGAAAGAUCUGCUGUAUUUGAGUGCUCCGUAACUGGAAGCCCUGCUCCUACAGUAGAGUGGACUUUCCAUAAUCAAGUUUUGACAAAUGAUGACAAACGAACAAUCGAACAGAAUGGAAACAUUCAUCGAUUGAUCAUUCACAAGCCAUUGCCAUUUGAUUUGGGAGAAUAUUUAUGCACUGCCACUAAUGAGUUCGGCAGCGACAAAACAACAAGUCGCCUUAUUAGCGGAGAAGCACCUUCUCGUCCUGGACGACCUGAUGCUGAGUUAUCUUCCGAUACUGAAAUAUUCUUAACAUGGGAAGCUCCUGAAGGUCAUACAUAUUUGGAAGGUAUCACAUACCGCUUGGAAUACCGACCUGCCGGCCCUGAUGAUGUUGGUGCAGCAUGGAUUGUCAUCAGUGAAAACGUGGAUGAUGAAGCUGUUGUUGUCAAACAUCUUCAACCAUUUGGAAUAUAUCAAUUCCGAGUCACAGCAAGAAAUGGAUUUGGUCUAGGAUUGCCUUCUCUUUCCAGCAGAAUCAUCCAAACACAUGGAAAAGGAGCAGCUAAGCUUCAAAUCGAAAUUUUGAAGUCGUAUGUACGGUUGAACGUGGUAUCAUUACCACAGAAAUCAGCCAAUCAGUUGAAUGAAAUUUCUGAAGAAAGUGAAUCGGAAGAUAAGACUCUCCAAGAACAAAUUACCAAAGAAAACAUUGAACUUCAAACCGACAAUGUUCUCUCUAGGUUCCAGAUUGAUGCUCUGAUCUACAAGGGACGAUUCGCUGUUGUCCGGAAAGCAGUUGAUAACUCACAAGAAGGUUCAGCUCAUUGUAUUGCUAAGAUCCGUGAUAUCAAUGAGGAGAGUGUUCUUCGCGAAUAUGAAAUUCUUAAAGAUGCUCAGCAUGAGAAUGUUCAACGUUUGAUUGCUGCAUACAACAGAGAAGGAUUCUUAUAUCUCUUCUGUGAGCAACUUUAUGAAAACGUCUUCUCACGAUUUGUUUUUAAUGAUUAUUAUACUGAAGAACAAGUAUGUCUGACAAUCCGUCAAGUAGCUUCUGCCCUUCAUUGGUUACAUUUCCGAGGAAUUGCCCAUUUGGAUAUCAAUCCACAUAACGUUAUGUUCCAAUCAAAACGAAAUUGGAUUGUUAAGCUUGUUGAUUUCGGAAGUGCACAGAAGCUUUCGACUGCUGUGAAGCCUAAGGAAUUCAAUGUCUUAUGGGCUGCUCCCGAAUUCCAUAUCGAUGAUGUUCCUGUAACAGUUCAAUCUGAUGUAUGGGGAAUGGGUGUGAUCACAUUCUGCUUACUUGGCGGUUUCCAUCCUUUCACUUCCGAAUAUGAUGAGAUCACAGAAGUUAAACACAAUGUGUUGAAUGUGAAGUGCGAUCCAAAUUUGAUACCUGUUAAUGCCAGUCAAGAAUCUCUCAGUUUUGCCACCUGGGCCCUGAAAAAGAGUCCAAUGAGACGUAUGCGAACUGAUGAAGCUUUAUCUCAUCGAUUCUUAUCAUCUGAUCCAUCGAUGGUCCGAAGACGAGAAGCUGUCAAAUAUUCUGCUUCUCGAUUACGUAAAACUCUUUUCUUGACAAAGCAAGAGCAACAAAGGCCGACGAGUGACUCGUUGGAAAACAAAUUUGGAGGACCUGUUAUCCAAUAA